AUGAAUGGUUGUCUUACUAUUUCGCAGCAACUUUUACUAUUGUUUAGUACCGUUGAGGAACACCAGCAAGCGCUUGACACCUCAGCUACCGUUUAUGUCGGUAAUCUCUCCUACCAUGUUACUGAAGAUCAGGUAUCUGUACGAGCUUUUUGGUCGUGCCGGAGAGGCUUUGAAAGCAAACGAGUAAUCAUGGGACUUGAUCGUUUCAAGAAGACUCCGUGCGGCUUCUGCUUCGUAGUUUACUAUACUCAUUCGGACGCAUGCAACGCCGUUCGUUUCCUGCACGACACCUUGUUGGGUGGACGCCCUAUUCGUGUUGACUAUGAUGCUGGAUUUCAAGAGGGACGACAAUACGGUCGAGGUGCGCAUGGAGGGCAGGUUCGCGACGAAUAUAGAGACGCUUUCGAUCCCGAUCGAGGAGGUUUCGGAAGAGCUUUCGACAGCAAUGGUCAGGAGACUCAGACCAGUGCAUAA